CAUUUGAUCCUGGUCUUUUAGUGUUUGUUUUGAGUAUCCAGGAAAGACAAGUUCAGCCUCUUAAUGAAAGCAUUGGCUGUGCCCAACAACCUCAGAUUUGGAGAAGCUUUGUUGUUCAAACCGGCUACCUUGGUGCCAGCGACAGAGGUUCAGUCCAAGAAGGAUAUCUCAACAGUCCGAAGGUCUUUUGUCUUGAAUCCAAUUUUACAAGAAAGCCAACUCAUCAAGGAUUCACUGAGGUUCUUGAGUCCAUCUAUCCGGAUGAAAAGCAUGAAAAUCUUCACGGAUGAAGAAGUUAUGAAUUUUCCAAACCGGAGGUUCUUCAGUCCAUCUAUCCGCGAGUACCAGAUUUCUAAAGGAGAUUCAUGCUCCAGAAAGAAUCGGCCUGAGCCAAAACAGAUCCUCCAUGAACCAAAGGUGUUUCCUCAGUCAUUCUCCUGUCUAAAACAAAAGCACUGUAAGGAUCAUGAGUUGAUUGUCUCUACUCUUCAUGAAAAUGUUUUGAAACCGAGAAUUUCAAAAAGAAAACAUAUUCUUACUUGGUUGAAAAACGUUUUGCUCAAACCUUUUCAUGAAUUGAUUUCAUUGAGCUGUGCUUUGAAAGAGAUUUGGUGUAGGAAAAAGCAUGAACUAAAAUUGCUUAGGCCAAAGAAUUCUUUUGAUUUCGUUCAUGAUGAUAAUUUUUCAAAUUUGGCAUUGUCUCUUUCUUUCCAUAACAGUUUCACACCUUGGCCUAAUUUUCAAAUUGAUAAACCAAUUUUUGGCGAUCAGUUUACUUGUUUGAUGCUUGCCCACAUGCUUGAUGAUUAUCCUAAGAGCUUGGAUCUUGUUUUUGAUAUCUUAAGGAAAGAGAAACCCUUUGAUUAUUUCUUUCAGAGAUUUGAUGUGGUUUCUCUAGUUGUUUUGAAAGUGCAGGAUAUAAAGGAUCAGUUUCAGAUGGAAGCAAGUAGAAAAGGUCGACACAAUACUUGUGAUCUUGGAACAUGGAACUGGAAAUACUUGAGGGAAACAAGUUCAAAACUCCAAGGAAGUUUCUCUCCAAAUUUAUCCUUCAUUGAAAUUUACUUGUUCUUUUUGUCUGAGUCAUUUUCUUUUGUUUCAGGUAAAAUGGAUUUGAGGUCAAAUCCUUUUGAAGAGGAAGGGAAUGAUGAGGCCAUCCAAGUAGAGGUUCCCAUAGUUAGGCGCGGUCCGACUACCCGGAGUGGAACCAGGGCCUUGCGAGAAGGUUUCAGCAAAGCUGUCCAACAAGUCCUUGAACAAGAUGGACAGACUGACCAGGACCAGCUGCUGAUUGAGAAGAAGGUCCAGUUGAAGAUUCAAGAUCAAGCCGGCCCAAAGGAGGUUCAGGACGCGGCCGACCCGAUCCAGUUCAGACUCAACCAAGCCGGACUUCUCAUUUCCACAUCCAAGCUUGGUCCAGACUCAGUUUCCAUUUCAUUUACUCCAACUCUUCCCGGUUCUGAGAUCUAGCCAA